CCGCUUUGGCCCAGGAUGGCUCGCGGCAGCGCUGCGUAUGCCCACGCGGUGGUCCCCGCCCUCCUCUGCCUGGCGCUGCAGGGCUGCGCCCCCGAGCAGAAGCCCCCGAGGCCCGCGGCCGCGGCCGGCGGCCGGCGGCCCCCUGCGGCGGGCAGGCCUCCGCGGCGGCCGCUGUCCCUGGACGACCGCCUGAGGGCCAUACGGCUGUUCCUGGAGGCGGGUGGCGCCGGGCGCUGCGACAUCCCCAGGGUCAGCGCUCGGGAGCUGGACUGGGCGCAGUUCUGCCAGCGCUUCCGGGGGCAGUCCCUGGUGCUCACGGGGCUGGCCUCGGGCCCCGGGUGGUCCAAGGAGGCCUUCCUGGAGGCCCACGGGCGCUGCGACGCGAAGGCGAACGAUGGCUUCUUCGACGCCAGCCGGACCAGGGAGGUCACGACCGUGAGCGACUACCUCGGCAGCAACGCGUCGGACACGAACAUCUUCCUGGUCGAGCGGCAGGCCGUCGCCCUGCUGGGCACGGCACCCGCGCCCCGCCUCUUCGAGGGCUUCAGCCACAGGCCGAUCCUGUCGCUGGGCGCGGCGGGUGCCCCGACACGCAUGCACAGGCACAGAGAGACGUGGCUCCACCUUCUCGCCGGCCGGAAGGCGUGGUGGCUGGGCCGCAACGCCUCCGCCAAGGCCGCCCUCCCGAGCCGGGGCGACCCGUGCGCGUCGCUCCCGGCCGCCGCCGCCGCGGCCGGCGGCGGCGCGCACGGGUCCGGGGAGGAGCCGCUCCUGCUCUGCGUGCAGCACGCGGGAGAGACGAUCAUUUUGGGGACCUGA